GCUGCAGCUAUAAAUUCGCGUGACUCUCACUCUGACAAGACUUUCCUCACAGAGAUCUCAUUACAGGCUCCCUGUGAGAACCAGCUCUUUCGUCUUUUCGAACCCAGACAUCACUCAGAUCAGCAAAAUGCGCGAGUGCAUCUCCGUUCACGUUGGCCAGGCCGGGGUCCAGAUGGGAAACACGUGCUGGGAGCUGUACUGCCUGGAGCACGGCAUCCAGCCGGACGGCCACAUGCCCAGCGCCAAGCCCUCCGGAGGCUACGACGACUCCUUCACCACCUUCUUUAGCGAGACGGGCAACAGCAAGUACGUCCCAAGAGCGAUCUUUGUGGACCUGGAACCAACUGUAAUCGAUGAAAUCCGGACCGGACCCUACCGCCAGCUUUUCCAUCCAGAACAGAUGAUUUCAGGGAAGGAGGAUGCGGCCAAUAACUACGCCCGCGGCCACUACACCGUGGGGAAAGAGCAUAUCGACAAUGUCCUUGACCGGAUUCGCAAACUGUCUGAUCAGUGCACCGGACUACAAGGCUUCCUGAUCUUCCACUCCUUUGGAGGAGGAACCGGUUCCGGCUUCACGUCUCUGCUGAUGGAGCGACUUUCUGUAGAUUUUGGCAAGAAGUCCAAACUGGAGUUUGCCAUCUACCCAGCUCCUCAGGUGUCCACCGCAGUGGUGGAGCCCUACAACUCCAUCCUGACCACCCACACCACCCUAGAGCACUCAGACUGUGCCUUCAUGGUGGACAACGAGGCCAUCUACGACAUCUGUCGCAGGAACCUGGACAUUGAGCGUCCGUCCUACACCAACCUGAACCGGUUGAUCAGCCAGAUCGUGUCCUCAAUCACCGCCUCCCUGCGCUUCGACGGCGCCUUAAACGUAGACCUGACGGAGUUCCAGACCAACCUGGUUCCUUAUCCUCGUAUCCACUUCCCCUUGGCGACGUACGCCCCUGUGAUCUCUGCAGAGAAGGCGUAUCAUGAGCAGCUUACCGUAGCAGAAAUCACCAACUCCUGUUUUGAGCCGGCCAAUCAGAUGGUGAAAUGCGAUCCUCGCCACGGCAAGUACAUGGCCUGCUGCCUGCUGUACCGCGGCGACGUGGUGCCCAAAGACGUCAACGUGGCGAUCAGCAACAUCAAGACGAAGCGCAGCAUCCAGUUUGUGGACUGGUGUCCCACAGGGUUCAAGGUGGGCAUCAACUACCAGCCCCCCACCGUGGUCCCCGGAGGGGACCUAGCCAAGGUGCAGAGGGCCCUCUGCAUGCUGAGCAACACCACCGCCAUCGCCGAGGCCUGGGCCCGCCUGGACCACAAGUUUGACCUCAUGUACGCCAAGAGGGCCUUCGUGCACUGGUAUGUGGGGGAGGGCAUGGAGGAGGGAGAGUUCUCCGAGGCCCGAGAGGACAUGGCCGCCCUGGAGAAGGAUUACGAAGAGGUGGGAACCGACUCGGUUGAAGAGGAUGAGGAGGGCGAGGAGUACUAAAACCUGCCAGACAAAGGAAAGUUACCAUGGAUGUUGAUGAAGUCUCCCCCGUUUAUUAUUUUUUUAAAGAUCGGCCUUUAAAUUUAGGCAUAAAUAAGGAAGUUUCCCUCAACUUAACUUUUCUAAUAAAGAUGUUUACAAUCAAAGCGUCA